GUUAAUAUGCAUAACAAAGAUACCAUGUAAUUGUUUUUUGUUCUUUUCCCUUAGAAAACAUAUUUUAAGACAAGAAAACAAGGAAUGUCUUCGCUGAAGGGUAAGAUUCAGACUGUAUUGGGCCUAAUAGACCCUAGCCAACUGGGCUACACUAUGACCCAUGAACACUUGACAAUGGGCUUCAGUUGCUGUUACUACCCGCCACCCCCAGGUCAAGAAGCUCUUUCUGAAAAACCCAUUGAGAUGAAGCACUUGUUUUGGCUUAAACAGAAUCCUUAUAGCCACAAAGAGAAUCUUCUGCUGUAUGAAGAGACUGAUGCUGUGAGAGAAGAACUCCUUCAUUACAAGGCUGCAGGAGGUGGAAGCAUAGUGGAAAAUACAACCACUGGGAUCAUGCGAGAUGUGAAGAUACUAAAACAGCUUUCAGAAGAAACUGGUGUCCAUGUUAUUGCUGGAGCAGGUUUUUACGUAGAUGCCACUCAUUCCUCUGAGACUAAAGCUAUGUCUGUGGAACAGGUAGGUAUCAAAAUGGUGUGAAAACUGAACAACCAUUUUGAACACUCCUGAAUAAACCCAAUAGAUGAUAGCUACUACAGCUCAUAUAUAAAGAAGGGUUUAAUCUAUGGGUAGUUAAAUAUUUCUAGAUGAUUGCAUGUCAACAGGAGUGCUAAACCAUUCUGCUUAAACCUAUAAGCACAAAGGCUUGAACACAUUUUUAACAAAUAACAGGAUCCUUGUUU